UGGGUUGUCCGCGUGACGUCACCGCAGUCGCCGCUUUGACCCGUUCAGCGACGAGACUGCGCGCCGGAAAGCUACUUGAUCGCAAAGAACUGACACAAAUCAAAACCCAAGUCGUGCAGGCAGACGACUUUGCGAUCCGGAUUGAAAGUGGCUUUUGAGGAUCGUCUGCAAACUGUUUGGAUUGGCAAACCACUGGUUCGUCGAGUGCAAUUGAACAUUUUUGCCCUGUCAAUUUACGGCUAAAUCAGGCCCAGGUAGCGUUAGCUGUGGAGCGCCCUUUUUGUUUGCACUGAAACGCAAGGAAUGAGUGAUGACCUCUGUGGUGGUGUCCGAUGGAGGAGGGAAUGUAGUGGAGUAUGUCACUAUGGUGGAGGAGCCUCAACAAUGUGAGCAGCAGCCCGCUGAGGAGCAGGAGGAAGAUGACGAAGUCAUUCAGCAGGAUGUAGAUGCGGUGAUUAUGGGAGGAGGUGAGGAGGCGGAGGAUGAUGAAGUCAUUCAGCAGGAGGUAGAGGCGGUGAUUGUGGAAGGAGGUGAGGAGGUGGAGGAGACGGGAGGUGUGGUGGUGCAGGAGGAUGGCUGUCCCGCUGUGAUCGUGGAGGAGGUGACUAGUGCCCAAGUGGAGGAGUGUUACUCUGCACAGGUUCUGGUCUAUGACGACGGCACUUACCUGAUGCAGGAUGUGGCUGAGGAGCAGGAGGUUGUCACAGAAGUGGCCGAGACUGUGGAGAUGUCGGAUCAUGACAUGGUGUGUUUUGAUAAAACUUUUGAAGCAGCUGAAGCUCUUCUGCAUAUGGAGUCUCCUGGAGGGUUGCAUGACCGGAACACGGCAGAAGAUGUGAUGAUGGAGACAGUGGUGGAGGUUUCGACGGAGUGCGGACCCAUUGAGGAGGAGGAAUCCUUCCCCAUCCCACCUGAUUGUGAGCCUGUUACCAAAAAGAAGAGAGGAGGUGGACGGAAGAAGAUGCACCAGCCUACAUCUAAUGGCUCCUUUGACCUGGGGAUUAAGAAGAGACAGAGGGAAGGAAAAGGCAAUACCACCUACCUGUGGGAAUUUUUGCUGGAGCUGUUGCAGGACAAAAACACAUGUCCGAGAUACAUUAAGUGGAUGCAGAGGGAAAAAGGUAUCUUCAAAUUGGUCGACUCCAAGGCCGUGUCCAAACUUUGGGGAAAACACAAGAAUAAGCCCGAUAUGAACUAUGAAACAAUGGGCCGAGCCCUAAGAUAUUAUUACCAGCGUGGCAUACUUGCCAAGGUGGAGGGUCAGAGGUUGGCCUACCAAUUCAAAGACAUGCCAAAGAACAUUCGGGUGAUUGAGGAUAAUGAUGAAGGGGAAGACAGCGAAGGCAUGUGGUCAAGUCAGCAGGGUCCUGAAAUCCUGGGCACCGCCACCACUGCUGCCUACCACUCUCAGCAAACCUAUGUCACAAUCAUCCCCAACACCACCACCACCAGACCCAUUCAUGCCAUGCCUGUGGUAAUGACUAACGCUCUUGGUCAAGUGACAUUAAACUCUUCCUCAAUCCUAACCACUACUGCAGGAGCCCCAGUUCCGGUAGCUAGCACUAGUGCACCCCCAAAAUUGGUCAUCCAGACGCUGCCCACGAUGCUGCCGUCUGGUUCGAAAACAGGUGAGAAAAUAACAAUCAUCACUAUCCCAGCCAACCAGCUUGCCACGCUCAUGCAGGCAAAUCCGUCGGCCCAGGUGACCCAGCUCGUACAGGCCAAACCUGUCACGACACAUAUAGCUCACGCUGUCACAAAGUCAGCGACAACCCCGACCGUCCCUCUAGCAGCAGGCACGCCUGUGCCACAGCUCAUCCUAGCCAAACCACAGCUCUCUGUGCAACGUGUCCAAAGUCCCACCAUACUAAAGAAGCCCUCCGGCAGUCAGCCAGAGGCAGAACAAUCAGAGGUCCUGUGCCUCUCAAGUCAACCAGCAGCGCCAGAAGAAAGCCCAGCCUCCUGAGAAGUCAAACCUACGCUGGGAUGGGGUUGUGGGCAACGACAGACUGUAAAUGCUGCAGAGGAAGGCAAGUUCCAUCUAACCCGUCCCCACAACAGAGCACUCCUCUUUGACUGGCACGGGCUGCUCUCACCCCUCAGAAAAGGAAUGCGCAAUUAAGCUCAAAGAAGAUGAGCAGCCUUAGAUCGUAAAUGAAAAAAACUCCCAUUUGCAAUCGCACAGUAUAUAAACUCUCAGCAAAGACUUUAUGAAUGGAAAUUAAAUGUACAGAGCAUUUUGAUACGCAGUAGAUAUGUUUUCUUCUCUUCUGUUGAGUUUGUUCAGUUGAUGUCAUCUUUGUUCUUGUCUGAAGACUUCUCUGUCCUUCCCUUGCACUGUUGAAAGCUGCAUUUGUUUUUCUCUUUUUUACAGCAAUUUUAAAAGGGAGUCAAAAGAUGUCUAUAUCCAAAUUAAGUUAGAUGUUUGCUCCACAUAUGAAGAAUAAUAUACUAUUAUUUCUUGUACCAUCAGUUUUACUAAAAAUGUGCUAUCAAAAGAAGACAAAAGGUUUGUCUUUCAUUCUGUCUGUGACAGUCGCAAAAUGUGAGGGAAGAGGUUCUGUUGGUGGGUUGGGGUGGCAUGAUGCCAGAACAAGAAGGCAGCUGUUAGGUUUGGUGCAAAUCCAGAAAAUGGAUGGAGAUGGUUCAUAAUUUAGCAUUGUUCAAAUGUUGAUUCAUGACAGACAUGGAAAAGGACAAAGUCCUUGGUAGACAUUGCUCCUUGAGGACUAAAGACAUUUUUGGAGAAUACACAACAUACACAUACAUUUCAAGAAAAUCUAUUUAGCUGAAUUGAAGAAUAACGAUAGAACAGCAAAGGUGUACGGCUGCAGGGACCUGGCACCUGUGGGGAACACCCACACGUUUGCCGGUGCUGUUAAAAUGCGCUGUGCUCCGUCUAUAAUGUCAGUUAUUCACAUGGAAUGUUUAUUGUCAGUCCUCAAUAUAUAGGGAACAUACAGGGGGCUAAAAUUGCUUUUCAAGAGGCCACUGUCACAAAAACAAACAUAAACAUAAAGACAUCAAAGAUACACAUCCAUACAUGCUCGACGACGUAUGAAGCUGUAUUGCAUUGCAACUCCUUGCCCGAGGAACCGUGUCUCACACUAAA